UAGCCCUUUGCUCUUUUCCCCAAACCCUGGGCCCUCAGCCAGCCGCUGGUAAUCCCUCCGCGUCCAGCGCACCAGCACUGACGUUUGACCUCCGCAGGGCAGGGACAGGGCAUGGAGCUGGCAUCAUCCUGCCUGGUGUAAAGCAGGAGGCAGGGUGGCAGGGAUUAGAAAUCUCUGAGAACAACAUCACAUGCUCCCCGGGUGACACCUGCUACAAUAGCCUUGCAGCCAGGAGUUCCAGAUUUUCCUGGUCCCUGCACCUGUAGACGGGCCCCCAGGGUGACGGUGACUGGCUCUGUGGAGGGAACAUUGGGGCCCCUCCUUGCAGGCCAGCAGGUGCUUCCGCAGCCGGGGCACCCCGACGGCCAGGAUGUCCACCCAGAGCGUCCACCCCCUGAAACCCGAGGCCCUGCGCCUGCCGCCUGGGAUUCCCGAGUCCCCAGGCUGCCAGCGGCGCCACACGCUCCCUGCCAGCGAGUUUCGCUGCCUCACCCUGGAGGACGCCGUAAGCGUGUUUGAGAUCGAGCGUGAAGCCUUCGUCUCUGUCUCGGGCCUCUGCCCCCUGUACCUGGACGAGAUCCGGCACUUCCUGACCCUGUGUCCCGAGCUAUCUCUGGGCUGGUUUGAGGAGGGCCGCCUUGUGGCCUUCAUCAUCGGCUCACUUUGGGACAAGGAGAGACUCACUCAGGAGUCGCUGACGCUGCACAGGCCUGGGGGCCACACAGCCCACCUGCACGUGCUGGCCGUGCACCGCACCUUCAGGCAGCAGGGCAGGGGCUCCGUCCUGCUGUGGCGCUACCUGCACCAUUUGGGCGGCCGGCCGGCCGUGCGCCGGGCCGUGCUCAUGUGCGAGGACGCGCUCGUGCCCUUCUACGAGAAGCUUGGCUUCCACGCCGUGGGCCCGUGCGAUGUCACCGUGGGCCCCCUCACCUUCACAGAGCUCCAGUGCUCCCUGCGGGCCCAGGCCUUCCUGCGCAGGAACAGCGGCUGCUGAACCUGCUGUCCACCUGGCCGUGGGAGACGCGGGAGACACGGGCGGGCCGUCUCUGUCUCCGCCCUGGGCUCCCGGCACAGCUGAGCACGA